GUUUCUUGCACAAAACACCGUCGACUGUCAAGGCAUCAUUUCAUCCUGAUUUAGCAGUGAUUUGCUAUUUUCUUCCAGAUCUUGUUUCUGUUACAUACAAAACGCUGCGCCUUGCAUUCACCGUCAACACACGACCUCCCACCAAUCUUUCUCGAAUUCCAAACCAAACCAUGCCGACAGUUGCUGUUAUUGGAACAUGCGAUACCAAGCUCGCCGAGCUAAUUUUUUUGAGAGACCGCAUUUUAGAGAAUUCAUCGGUAAAGACAAUCAUAGUUGAUGUAGGUAGACAUCAUGUCAAGAAUGAUGCCAUCACCAUAUCAACCGAUGAGCUGGCGACGCUCCACGGAACAAACAACGAUUGGCAAGACUUAAGCCGCGGCGAAUUUGUCAAGUUUAUAUCAAAAUGCGCUACAGAAUAUAUCAAGAGUUUAUACAAGGAUGGAAAAAUAGACGCCAUCGUAUCUGCGGGAGGCUCUGGCGGAACUGCCCUGACCUCAACAGUUAUGCGAGACGCAGUGCCCAUUGGAGUUCCAAAGCUGAUAGUUUCCACUAUAGCUAGCGGCAAUACAGCUGAAAUUAUUGGGGAUUCGGACAUCGCCCUUAUGUACUCUGUUGUCGACGUCGCCGGUCUGAAUCGUUUGCUUCGACAGAUCCUCACCAACGCAGGCUCGUCUAUAGCUGCAGCUGCGAUCUCCUAUGCAGCUGCUAACGAACUGUCAUCUGAGCAUCAAAGCUCUUCGAACAAAAAGCAAGUCGGUAUUACAAUGUUUGGCGUCACAACACCAGGUGCAGAUGCUAUUCGCAAGUUUCUGGAAUCCAACUAUCCUAUUGAGGUAUAUGUUUUUCACGCUACAGGCACAGGAGGCAAGUCUAUGGAACGCCUGGUCAGAGAAGGAAAGCUGGAUGCUAUCAUAGACCUAACCACUACUGAAAUUUGCGAUCAUGUUAUGGGAGGAGUUAUGUCGGCCGGAGAAUCUCGACUCUCAGCUGCUUUGCAAGCCGAAAUUCCUACGAUAUUGUCUCUUGGCGCCACAGAUAUGGCAAAUUUUAGGGCCAAAGAUUCGGUACCUGCCAAGUAUGGGGACAGAAAACUACAUGAACACAAUCCUCUUGUGACACUAGUACGAACAUCUGUCGACGACUGCAAAGAGAUUGGGAGAUUUAUAGUUUCGAAGCUCCAACAAGCAACAAAGCCAGAGCUGAUCGAAGUUUGGAUUCCUCAUGGUGGAGUGAGCAUGAUAUCCACGGCAGGUGGUCCCUUUGAGGACAGAGAUGCCGACAAUGCUCUUUUCAAGACGAUUAAAGAUGGCCUGGUGGGAAGUAGUAUCGCCGUUAUCGACGACAAACGGGACAUCAAUGAUAGUGGUUUCGCAACUGAUAUCGCCCGAGCUUUGGUGAAGAAGUUGAACCUUGGUUGAAUAUUUGGCGAUACCUUCUAUUGUAUCCUAUGAUACGCUCUUUGGUCGCGCCAUAUCUAGAAAUUCUUUUCCUGAAACGGAUGACGAUAACCCAGCAGCCUAGCGGUACGUUCAAGAAACUCUUCACUUCCCAGACCCGAAACGUAAUAUAUGUUCUCCCCUGUU